AUGGAACACAGACAAUGUGAUUCUGUUGAAGCUAUUGAAAAAGCUUCUCAAACCUUCAAAGAGAGUGGCAAACUUGAAAGCAUCUUAGAGAGUGUAAAACAAUUAAAACAGAAAUUGAUGGGUGCAAAGGAAGAACAAGAGAAGAAUAUUACAGAACUAGAAGACACCUUAGACAAAAUCACAAAAGAAACUGAAAAAGAAGUAAAUGAUGUUGUUCGUCUCAUCGAAAGAUUAAAAACGGAACAUUUGCAAGAGGUAACUAGUGCUGUUAAAAAAGGCAAAGAAAUGCUGAAUCGAAUUGUGCUCACUGUUAGUGAUGGAAUUAAUUGUGCGGACAAACCUUCUUCAAUGAUUAAAUGUUCUACAGCUAUGCACACAUUUCAACAGUUGGAGAAAGUUAAAUUCCAGACCAGUAAAAUUCAUAUACUGACAGACAGAGAACCUGUUUUGAAGGAAAUAGGAAAUAUAUGUAAAAUUGGAAAAGUUAACGUCAAUGAAUUUGUUCAAGAUGUUUCAAAGGCUAAUUUUGAUGUGAGAAAUAUUUUGCUAUCUUCAGUUACUGAAGUUAAAAUCAGGGAAGGACGUUGCAGAAAUGGAAUUUUUCUGUCGAAUACACAACUUAUAUUUACUGAUAGUAAAGGGAAAAAACUUCUUUAUGGAGAACUUGCUGAAAAAGAAUGGACAUGGAUUAAAAACAUUGAACCAUUAGAUGAUCCUUUCUGCCUUUUGCUAAAUGGAGAUGAAUUAGUUGUUGCCUGUGUUGGAUCAAAAUCUAUUGAAGCGUUUUCAAUAUCUGACUUCAGAAAAUUAAGAAGCAUAAAAAUGAAUAUGAAAAUUUUUGGGUUGUCGCACAUGAAGGGCUAUUUCUAUGGAGCUUGUGGCAAUAAGAUAGUGAGGUUCGAUAAUUUAGGGAAUAUUAUAAAUGAAUUGGAAACAUCUGGCCAAAAUGCUAUGAAUGUUAUUACCACAGACUGUGGACUUAUUGUAUAUAGUGACUGGAAGAUGGACAGUGUUACUGCAAUUACUGAACAGGGAGACACAGUAUGGAAUUAUACAAGUCUUGAUCUGAAAUGUCCAUACGGCUUGGAAAUAGAUUUGUUAGAAAAUAUGUAUGUUGCUGGCAUGCAUAGUAACAAUAUUCAUGUGAUAUCAAGUACAGGUGAACUUGUUCGGUUGUUCCAAAAUAUUAUUAAAAAUCCAGUAUUUAUGAAAAUGAAUGAUGAAAGAAGUAUGUGUUGUGUAUGCAGUAAUUAUGAAACCAUAAAAUUUUUUGAAAUGAAGUAG